AUGUCGGACCGCGUGACGCGUUCGCAGACGGGCAAGACGCCUAGAAAGCCGUCCAACCCUGGCUUCAUCGAGACGCCCAGCAGGCGCCGCACCACCCGCAAAUCCGUGGCUCCCACCUCCGACGGCGGCGACUCGGGCUCCGAGCGCGCGACACCAGUGCCUCCCAUCAACUUGCAGAGCGAACUCUCCAAGGCCGAGGAGACUGCUAAUGGCCACGUGGACGGGUACACCAAUGGACACGCCAAUGGAUACGCCAAUGGACACGCCAAUGGACACGCCAAUGGCCAUGCCAACGGCCAUGCCAACGGCCAUGGAGAGCUGAAGAAGGAGGAGGUCAUUCUCAAUGGCAAGAAGGUCGUGGAUCCCACGGUGGAGCAGAACACGCAUAUGGAGUUUGGGGGUUCCUGGGGCACCGGCGCCAUGAUGAUUUGCUUCCCGCUGCUCAUGUACUACAUGUGGCUGGGCGCGACAUACUAUGACGGCCGCUUUCCUCUGCCCGAGGCGGGCCAGAGCCUGGGUGACUUCUUCCAGCAGAUGUUCGACCAGUGCUACACCGGCGCUUUCCCGCACAGGCGCGCCUGGACGAUCUACUGGACUUUCCUGGCCAUGCAGGUGGUGUUUUACCUGUUCAUGCCCGGUGUCUACUCCAAGGGCCAGCCUCUGCCGCACCUUGGCGGCAAACAGCUCACGUACUACUGCUCCGCCGUGUACAGCUUCUACACGACGAUCGCCCUGUCCUUCGUUCUCCACUACACUGGCUACUUCAAGUUGUACACUCUGAUCGACGAGUUUGGCCCUUUGAUGUCCGUGGCCAUCUGCUCCGGAUUCCUGCUCAGCUUCUACUUCUACAUCAGCGCGCAUAUCCGUGGCGCCACUGUUCGGAUGACUGGCUACCCUGUGUAUGAUUUCUUCAUGGGUGCUGAGCUGAACCCCCGCCUGUUCAAGUGGCUUGACUGGAAGAUGUUCUUCGAGGUUCGCAUGCCUUGGUUCAUUCUGUUCUUCACCACCCUGGGCACGGCCGCUAGGCAGUACGAAAACGAGGGCUACGUCAGCGGAGAGGUUGCUUUCUUGCUGAUGGCGCACUGGCUCUACGCUAACGCAUGCUGCAAGGGUGAGGAUUUGAUUGUUACGACCUGGGACAUGUACUUUGAGAAGCUCGGCUUUAUGCUGACUUUCUGGAACCUGGCAGGCGUGCCGCUCUCUUACUGCCACUGCACCAUCUACCUGGCGAACCACCACCCGUCGGAGUACUCGCACUCGCCGUGGGUGCUGGCGCUGAUGUUUGUGGGCUACCUGUUCGUGUACUGGGUGUGGGACACGACCAACAGCCAGAAGAACCACUUCCGGCGCAAGGAACGGGGCUCAGACUACGACCGCAAGUCGUUCCCGGUGCUGCCGUGGCGCGAGGUGCACAACCCGCAGACGAUCCCGACGGAAACGGGCAACGACAUUCUGGUCGACGGCUGGUACGGGCUCGCGCGCAAGCCGCACUACACGUGCGACCUGUACUUUGCGCUCAACUGGGGCCUGAUCACCGGCUUCAAGAGCCCGUUCCCCUGGUUCUACCCCGUCUUCUUCAGCAUCAUGAUCGUCCACCGCGCGUACAGGGACAUUCAGCGCUGCAGGGCCAAGUACGGCGAGGCGUGGAUGGAGUACGAGCGCAGGGUCCCGUACCUGUUCAUCCCGUAUGUCAUCUAA